AUGUCGGAUCAAGGCAAAGAAGAACCAGUCACAGAUACUGCUCACUUGCCACCAUCUCCUAAAUCUCUUCGACUAUCCUCACCUCUCGUACUCCAUACUCCCGCCCCUUCUCUCCUGCAGAAACGUGCCAACCCCAAACGUCUCUCCUUAUCCCUCUUCUCGACACCAUUCACCCCUGGUCCUCCCAAAACUCCGUCCAUCACUUUAUCCCUGUCACGCACUAGAGGCGGACUUCGUCGUCCAAGUCUUCUUAGUCUCAUCACUCAACCUCCAACUGAUAGCCCCUUUACACCUACUCACCCUUACACCUCCGUCCGUCGUAGUGCUCGGCCAAGAACAAGAGCUAGUACUCUUGAGACACCGACAGAUCGGACCUCUCUCCUUGCCAGAUCAACUUUUUCCGCUUCAGCACAUUCUAGAGCGACGCCAUACGAACAUGGACCUGUGGAGAUUGUCCCAGGUGUGUUCCUAGGAGCGGAGGAUAACGUUCAUGAUUUCAUAGCUGGACCAAGUCGGCGAAUGAGGAUUAUCAAUGUCGCGCAAGAGGUGGAAGAUCCUUUCAUGGGCAUUGCGCAGCAGAUUUCCACCUCAAGUCAUGGAAAGGAAUCCAUCGGUCUGUCAGGCCAAAGCGGGGUGAAGGGGAAAGAAAAGGUUCGUUUGGUGAGAUAUCAAGUGGGAGACAAGGUUGUUGAAUAUGCUCAUCUGAGGUGGAGUCAUGGAGAGGCGGGACUGGCGGAUUUACCAAAAGAUGCCGAAUUGAGUCAAGUGAUAGAUCCUUUCUCUCCUCAUUCGGAGAUGGACGAGCAAGAGGAGACUUUUGAGGGUUGGGGUUUCUGGAAAGCUGUCAGAUGGUUGGAGACAGCUCGGAGGGAUGGGAUACCAGUGUUGAUUCAUUGUCAAUGCGGAGUGUCCAGAUCGGCCACAUUAGUGAUUGCAUAUGUCGUCGCUCUUGCAGCGGCGGGUCUCAUGCCUGAGCAUCUGGGUCAUUUGACGAGUAUGCAGGAUGCGUAUGAUUUAGUGAAGUCGAAGAGUCCGUGGGCUGGACCGAAUGUUUCACUCGUAUUCCAACUGGUCGAAUUCGCUCGAAACUGCACCCAACUUAUCUCUUCCCAUCUCUCGGCCGGUUUACCUCAACCUAUCACUUCUUUCCCCACAGCCAACGAAGUAGAAAUGUCCGAAGCUGAAUGGGCUCGUCGUCGGAGAGAGUUCGAUCUGGCUCAGGAGACCGAUAGCGAUGAAGAAUCCGAUAUGGAGUCUUCUUCCCGAGCACAUUUCUCGAUGGAAGGGAAAGAACUCUUGAGACCGUUUGAAGAUGAGGAGUCUAAAUCAGGACAACAAGUCUCAACCUUUGAUUUAAGCUCGUUAAAACCUAGAUCGGGAACUCAGCACUUGAGACCGAUAGAGUCAGUCACACCAAAGACCAAGAACUUUGAUGUGGGAGGAAGAGGACAAUUAGAUACAGAGAUGAAGUUGGCUCAGGAAGAAGCUAGAAUAUGGGAUGAAGCAAUGAUGGAACGAAAGAGAUUACGAGGGUUUAGAUAG